CGAGAAUCUAUCUAUUAGAUAACAAAUUCAAUUCGACUGAAUUCUUUGCAUUUCGCGCACAACCCGCUAGAAAAUGAUUGGAGCGUUCGUGAUUUUUUGUGCGUUUAUGGGGGUGAAUGGGGUAAUUGACCCGAAAACCAUCAGGGGGGUGCAGAUCAAGAACAAGGGGAAUGAGAGAUUAUGGAUCGAGAUGACAGAUGAGGAUAGCUUCGUCUUGCCACCAGGACAACUCGCUUCAGUUAUAUUGGACUUCACCUGGUCUGGAACAAUAUCGGCAAGGCCCGAGGAUUGCCAACAUAAAAAAUGCAAUUCACCAACGACAAUUGCGAGAUUGGCUUUCGGAGGAGAAAAAGGGGAAGAUCGAUAUCAUAUAUCUAUUGCAGAUGGAUUCAACAGACCGAUGAAGAUUCAACCGACGGGACAUAACAAUUUCUGCAAACCGACAGCUUGCAAUGCCAACAUCAACCAGCAUUGUCCUGCUUCGCACCAAGUCAAAGAUGACGACGCAGUGGUCGCUUGCAGGUCUAAUCCUGAGCUGUUCCAGAAACUUUGCCCGCAAGCGGUGGCCUCAGAAGGGGACCUCAAAACCAACACCAUUGUUUGCAGGACGUCGAAUACCUAUUUCGUUUCAAUCGGUUAGACCGGACACGGUCUCUCGGUCAUCAGACUUGACUCGACCUGACUCUAUUCCAUAUCAGUAUUUGAAUUAUGAAGUUGAUUAGUGCCCAAAUUAAAAGAAAUGUAACUUUUAUUCAAUUAUUAUUUACAACAAAUAAAUGUAUGUAGAACCCUUUAAAUUUCGAAAAUAGCACCCAGCAAUAAACUAGUGAAAAUGGCUCUAGGUGUUUUUAUUAAUUAAUAGUUAUUUAUACACCAAGGUGUA